CAACGCGACAACGCAGUGACAUCAAGCCGGCCUGUCCGCCUGCAACUUGAGCCCACCCGUUGGAAAUUGUCCAAGCAGGGAGAGGCCCAAAAACUGCCCAAGCAGGGAGAGGCCCAAUCGCUGCGCGACAUGCUCGAAUUGCCCACGGCAGCACCCGACUGCGCAUGAACUGCGACGUUGGCCACUGAUACCGCGGCCGUCAAGGCCAUGGAUCCGCCCUCGAACCUCCCACGGCCCUCUGGCCUACCCAGGCCAGCGACCUCGCGACUGCCGGUGCUGAGGCCCUCAGGGAGCCAGCCUCAGCUGCGGUCGCCGGCGUCGAGCAGCCAAUUGCGCAAGAAGCCCCCGGUAGCCUCGAUAUCGCGCCCAGCACCGCAGCCAGCACAAACACAGGCUCCGCCCAGAGCAGCAGCAGCACCACCACCACCACCACCACCUGCGCCCGCGCCAACAGUACAGCGAAAGCCCUCGAGGGUCUCGCUCGCUCCCUCGCACGCCCCCUCGCACGCCCCCUCGACCACCGCCGCCGCGCCCAACCCCAACUCGAUUGCGACUCUCACCAAGAGACCCAGCCGCGCCUCGCUCGUCCCGUCCUCUGCCCGACGAGUCAGCGGCAUCCCCAGCUCGGGAGUGCCGCCAACACGCAACGGCACGGCCACCCAGCAUGCACCUGCCUUCAAGAAGCCCUUCGCUCGCCCGCCCUCUCGCCAGAGCAGAACACCCUCUCAGCCGGUCCGCACACCGAGCAUAAGCAAGGAGGAUGACGUCUUAGGCAGCCUGGACGGCUUCCGCUCAGCUUCAAGGGCGUCUUCAAGAGCUGGAUCGAGGGCUGGCUUCCAUGAGAGCAGCUCCUCGCCCGAGUAUGUGCCAGACGUGGAGCCUGAGGAGGUCGCCAAGAGGAAGUCACGACCGUCACUGUCAGACAGAACUAUCGAGAGUCUGUCACAGCUGCCUUCUUCGCCAGCAAACGGCAAGGGCAGACGGCGAAGAUCCAGCUUCUUCAAUCAGGACAACACCAUGCCACCACCACUGCGGCCUGCAUCCGCCAUGUCGAACAGGAGCAAUGGCAGCAGACCCACUACCAGUGAUGGGACCGGCAGUCGCCUGCCAGCAACACCCAGCAAGCCCAGUGCAUCCUCCACACGAUUGUCGAUGACUGUGCCUGGCAAAAGAAGCGCCAGUGCUGUUGCCUCUACGCCUACGGCGACACCAAGCCGAAUCUCGUCCAUAUCACGUCCCACGACGGCCAUCAAGAAGUCGGCUUUGGGGCCCAUACAGAACAUCCAGACACCGUCGAAGCCAGCUCCCCUGUCUAGCAGCAAGGGCCUAGCAUCUCGCACACCGAAGGCGCGUCCACCUGUUGCCAGUACGUUUGGGCAGGCCAUAUCACCACCGGGGGUUGCCGCCGCACCCUCUCCGCCACCACCAACGGGUACUGCGCGCAAAGUGCCUAGCUCGUCAGCUACUCUUCGUAACUCCAUUGCCCAGGCCAAGGCGGCACGAAGACAAGAGGUCGGCGACUCUCCCAACGGAACACCAAAGAAAGCCGAGAACUCCUCAAACGCGCUGAGGGAGCAGAUUGCGAAGGCCAGAGAAGCAGCGAAGCGAAACAAGGCUGGACCCGUCAGAGCGGACACACCACCCAAAGACGCCAUCCUACCUGAUCCUGAUGAGAUUGCUGGAUUCGACUUUGGCCUGGGCGAUCCUUUCAACCAGAAUUCAAAAGCUGGCCAGUCGGUCCUGCGCAAUCGUGUCGAUGGCGCACGUACGACUGGUCGUCUCAACAUUGCAGGUAUGCAGUUGACUGAGAUGCCCGACGAGGUUCUCUGCAUGUACGACCCCAAUGAUAGUGCCGUAGCUUGGGGCGAAAUCGUGGACGUCACUACCAUUGUUGCAGCUGACAACGAGCUGGAGACGCUGCCGGACAGUAUGUUCCCAGACGUUGCUGUUGAAGACUUCAUCGACUCCGAUGAUGCGGGCCCACAGUUCGGUGGUGUACAGCACCUUGACUUCCAUGGCAAUUUGCUGCGAGAACUGCCGAUGGGUCUCAGGCGGCUGGCAGAACUUACGCAGCUCAACCUCUCCAGAAACAAGCUUCGCAUGGGAGCUUUCGAUGUCAUCACUCAGAUAGCAUCAUUGCGCGAGCUGAAGCUUGCCGAAAACAACCUCGAGGGCGAGCUUCCAUCAAGCAUUGCAAGCUUGACCCAGCUUGAGGUCCUGGAUGUCGCAAGCAAUAAGCUCAUCGGCCUACCAGCAGAGAUACGCGAGCUGAUGCAGUUGCGGAGUAUCAACGUGGCCGACAACCAGCUACGGACGGCACCGAUGGAGCUGUUCACGUCAACAUCUCUGAUCGAGUUCACCGCCACAAAGAAUCGGUUGGAGGGCACCUUCUUCACCAUCCAGUCGGCACCGCAUCUGCAGGAACUGCGACUGUCCGGCAAUGCGCUAACAUCCCUCUCUGAGUCUGGCAACUUGAACUUGCCUGCGCUGAAGUAUCUAGACCUCUCGGCAAACAGACUGUCGUCGUUGCCUGACAUGACGUCUUGGACCAAUCUCGGCACAAUACUGCUGGGUGAGAACAAAGUCACGGCCUUCCCGGAGGGUUUCUUGUCGCUGAAGCAACUACGCAUCGCCGACUUUACAGCAAACGACAUCUCUAAGGUGGACGAACGCAUUGCGCUUAUGGACGGAUUGGAAAAUCUGACACUCGCUGCGAACCCCAUCCGCGAGAGAAAGUUCUUGACAAUGAGCACCGAUGACAUGAAGCGCGAUCUCUACGCACGACUUCGGCCUGAGGAAACUGUCACCGGUCCUGAUGAGGAUGACGGGUUUCCCAUUGAGGAGCAGGCACCUGAGUCUUCCAAAGCCUGGACGGUAACACCGUCCGGAACACUCGACCUGACCAAUAAAGGCUUCACUGUGUUCAACGAAGAUGCCCUCAUCGCUCUAGCAGAAACGAGUGACAUCCGCCAGAUCAAUGUCCAGAAUAACCUCCUCCAAACCAUACCGCUUGCUUUCGGACAACUCUCCUACCUCACCAUUCUCGACCUUUCCAAGAACAGCAUAUCAAACCCACUGACAAGCCCGCUCGAACUGCCCAGGCUCCGCGAGCUGCGACUGUCGGGCAACAAACUCAGCUCCUUAACUCCCCUCACGGCGCCCUUGACAGCCCCUUCGCUGCAAAGUCUCGACAUCAGCCAGAAUCGCCUCACAGGAUCUCUUCCAGGCCUGCGCAACUCAUUCCCCGCUCUCAUCACCCUGAUAGCGAGCGACAACGCCAUCAUCGACGUCCCCGCCGAAUCCCUGUCCGGCCUCAAGAUCGUCAACCUGAGCAACAACAACAUCGAGCGCUUGGACCCUCGAAUCGGUCUGCACGCGGGUACACUCACCAGUCUGGUUGUCGAGGGGAAUAAAUUCCGCGUCCCCAACUAUCAAGUCCUGAGUAAAGGCACAGACGCUAUCUUGAGCUGGCUGAAAGAUAAGAUUCCAAGGGAUAGCGGGAGGGGCAGGGGUGACAGUACGGCGAGUACGGCGACGAGGACGACGGAGGGCGGGAGCGAGUUCUUUGAUGCUGAGGAUGGAGUGGAUACGUGGUAGGACGCGUAUUGAAGGGUGGGCUGACACGGUUCAAGGGAAUGAGGAAGAGGAAUAUGUUCAACUGGCUAGACCCGGCUCUUACGGUUCGUUUUUCGUUCU